CUUGGGAAGAACUGCUGCUAAUUCAAUACAAAGAAUGAAGUGCUAGUAUCUAAAUAGGCUGCAAUCUACUAGUGUCAGCUGUUGCACUUUAAUAUACAAGUAUAUGCAUUGUAACUUACUGCCUAUAUUUUUUAAAAUCCGUCAAACUUUAACCAAAGCUUCGCAAGAUUAGUACCUGCGAUAUGAAAGUUUUUAAUACCCAGUGCAUACAGUCAUGUCAAAAAUAAUGUCAUGAUAUUUAUUGGCUAAUGGCGGAUAAUUUCUGUCCGGCUCACUUGUGUUACUUACCGACUGAAACCCGGACCUGUCCGUGGUGAUGUCUGCGACGCAGCGUAUGAAAGUACAGAAUGAAAGGGCUCACGGGAACGUGAGGAAUCGUGGAAACGUCCCGAAAUCCUUGAAAUCACAGGAAUCUCAGUCAAAUAUGAAUGCUUGGAUUUUGGGUUUGAUAGUUUUUGUGGUGUGUGGUUCAGGUUGGAGUACUAUACAUUCAAACAUAUUUGUUUCCAGCUGUCUUCGAGAUAAUCCAACAUAUACGCAUGGCUUUCUGAUCGCUGGAUUUAUUCGUGACGUCUAGUCGCAUCGUUUUAUGUGAUAUCUGUAAAGCUCUUCUGUCUACAGUCAGACGGUUUCUUCCUCAUUAUACCUUAUUUUUAAUGCUUUCGUUAUGGCCUGUUCUCAUGGGACACUGGUUUAGCGUCAAUUUGUAGCCUUUCCCAACUAGCAGGACAGAACAGUAUCCAGGGGCGUAACAAGCUUGCGCUUAACGAGUCUCGUCUCGUGUGCCAGUAAGCGAAAAAGAGCCCCCGGCACUGCGACUUGAUAGGAUAUUUUUGAUUCUAUUAUAGUGGAAAAGCAGAGGCGUGCAAGGCGAACAACAGUAUCACUCAUCGGAACUAAGUAUAUUCGGGCCGGCCAACGUUUGUCUAUGCUACAUUUAAAUUCCUCCCGUUUCGCAUGUUAAUAGAACAGCAUUUAUUUUAAACAUGUGCCAGCCGGUUUGCGAAGAAGCUGACUCUUAACUCCAGCCUAGAUCUGCUGCUUCAAUUUCAUGCAAUGGCUCCGCACGUUUCUGACGUAGCUAAUUUAAACAUAUCGGUGGGCCUGAGACCACAGACCUUUGAUUUUGAACGUCUCUUUUAAGUCACUUCAGUCUGUGUCUUCUCACUGAAAACACCCAAGUUUGUUAACCGAUCAUACGAUAGCCCUUGCUGGCCUAUCAUUCGAGUGGCCAGUCUGCACAUCCUCAUUACAAAUAGUAUCUUUUUGCAGGUAUGGUCUGCAAGUCUGAACACAGUAUUCCAGAUGUGGUCUGACCACAACUUUGAACAUGGGAAGAAAUACCUGAGACGAAAUAACUUCUGUCGCGCUCUAGUAGCUGCAUGCAUGCGUUACGCCGAAGGCUUGAAGUCACUCGUCACGAUGACAAUUAGAUCACCUGCCUCGGUGACAAGUUGCAAUGUUAGGGACCCAUUAGUUAUGUGCACAGUAAACUCUUCAUCACGCGGGAUUAAGAUUUGACAUUUGCUGAUGUUCUGUGCUAAGUCCCACAAAGGUGAUCAAUUAAGAACGGUAGCAAAAUCUUUAGAAAACCAAGCACUGUCUUCCCUGUUUGCAAGCUUCAAGUCAUUAGGAAACAUAUAGGAGGGGUCUUCAAGUAGAGGGACCAAGUCAUUUAUAAACAUGAGAAAUAGCAACGGACCUAGUACUGAUCACUGGCGAACUCCACUGAGCAGUGCCGGCCGUCAAAAUAACGUCACCAACCCUGACACGGAAUUUCCUACCAAAGAGGAAUGCAUUCAGCAAAGAAAGCAGUUGAGGAGGGGUUCCAAACCAGGUCAUUUUUUCUAACAAAAAAGGAUGAUUCACCGAACCAAAACUUUUACUGAAGUCAAGGUAACGCACCUACUGGUAUGCCAUCAUCAAGACAUCGGUUUAUUUCAUCAAGGAAGCACACCAGAUUGGUAAGUUAUGAUUUUUAUUGACGAAGCCAUGCUGUUCUGUUCCGAUCAAGUUAGUAACAGCAAGGUGUUCACAGAUUCGAUUCCUAAUCAUCUUCACUAGACACUUGUGAAGAACGCUAGUCAGACGAACAGGAUGGUAGUUAUUGUGAGAUUUAGUACCACCCUUAUGCUUCCUUCCAAUCCUGUGGUAUUCUCCCCUCACAAAGAGGCAUGUUGUACAACUCAAGAACAGAAAGCUGGAGUAUGUCGGCAAUUGGCUGUGCAAUUACGCGACCUACUCCGUACCCAGUGCUAUCGAAGCUAUGCGGUAUUGAUUUGGUUCGUUCGUUCGUUCACUGGUGUGUAAAGAGCGGGAGGGGGGGACCCUUGUCAACUCCGUUGAUUCCGUUUCAGUGCAUGCUUGACGGAACUGGCGACGUCAUGCCUUUGGAGCUUGUUACCGUCGCAGUAGGUUCGGCAUUUUAGCAGUCAAUCAAAACUGCUGCCGGUGCAUGAUAGUAGUUAACAACAAAUAUGGAUAAUUUUCACCAUUUAUUGUCAUUUAGUUACCUGUUAGAGACCAAAAAUGUUCAAAUGGGACGGCUGGCCGUCCGUCUGUACGGAUAGGAUUGUUACCAGACGUGCAAUUUUUAUUAAACUUUUUUACAUCUCACGGUUACAUGAUUAGCGCGGCCCUGUCAACUGACACUGAAAUAGUCCCACAAGCCUGAAGCUAACGAUAGUCAUGAAAGAAUUUUUCAUGCUCACUGUUUAUGUGAUGACACUGCAACGGUACUGGACCACAAUUUGAUGCAGCGGUUUUCCCACAUCCAGACCAUUGAGGUAUACCCGGAAACUUUUGGUACCCUAAAGUUACUGCAAAUACACUGGUCCUCAGGUAAAGGUGUACAAUAAAGAGACGAGUCUCCGUGGAAAUGAUCUUUUUAGUAUAUCAUUACCGUAGUCUCGCCAAAUUGUGGUCAGAUAUCUUUAGCCGGUUAUUUCAGUUAGGGACAGUAGCAGUUCUGUCCUAUCCUGGGUUCCAUAGUUAUCCCAACCUAUCUACGCUCUGUAAUUUUGUAUGCAUUUUGCCGUCCUUGCGCCUCUUGUUUUGACAGUGUUACCCUGACUUCGGUUGAUUUGUGCGUUUCUACUAUGAGCUUUUGAGUAAUACGGCUGUGAUCUCAAAUGUUUUUUUCCUAUUUGUCAAUGCCAUCCGUGCCUUCAUCCUUGGUAUAGACUCGGUGUUUAUGGGAUAGUCGUUUGUCUAGAUGAAACCAUAUGGGUAUCGUUUCGAACAGCCGGUGGCCGAGUGGUCUGCACGCCUUGCUUGCAGUCACCGGUCCGAAUCUGCAUAGGAGUCAGCGUCCUCAAGGUAUACUCAGCCCGCGCGCGAUUUGUGGUGGUCGCGCGGCAGCGAAGCGCCGUUACGGCGUGCAGCUGACACAUUAUUACUUAUUAAUGUGUUUCUCUUAUCGUUUCGCUCCCACUGCACCUCCGUGAAAGCAACCAUGUUUUUAUUUGCGAUGAUUUUUAGUCACUGUUUAACUUCGGAACCUGGACCUUUUCUAUGUCCAGUCGCUGUGGUCGGCAGUCCAUCGCAAUGAGGCUGGGCCGUACCAUGCCUCAGAAAUCCAUUCAGCUAUGCUGGGAGGUAUUUUGUUGCAACUUCAGGGCCACUCAUACGAGAUUGGUCAAUGGUUAACGGCUAGACAAACUCAUCCUCCUGGUCCUUCAGGGGGGUUGGAAUGAAGGUGGCUCCUUAUUCCUUAAAACAGACUCCUUGUAGACCAUUGCCAAACUCACUGCCUUGCAGUUUUUGAACCAAAGGCUUGGGUUGAAAACCCUACUCUUUCUCCUGUCUAGGCCUGGGCAACCUGACCGUAUCCUACCCACGCAAUACUAUGAAUCUUCCCUCAAGCAGUUUCCUGAUGCUCUGACCACCGCGGUGGGUAAUCAACGGUGCCUUAACUGCUGCAUCAAGCAGGGUGGAUAGGGGUUUGGAUGCUACUGCUUAAGUCUUCCCAUCUUAUUCCCCCUCUUGCACUUUUUCAUCCCUAUCGUCGCGUUCUAGCUUCACUUUUACCCCCUGUUUUCAAUCCCCCAAUUCUUGGCGCUUCUCCACCUUGCUUUGAUAGGCGUUUACCUUCUAGUUUCAACUCACGUUCGGACGCGGAGCGUCAUUCCUGCCAUGUCGACAAGCCCAUAUCCAAGCAGGCGGGCAAGUCUAGUUCAUCGGCUUCCAUUUGAACCCUUAGAUCCUCCUUCAGAUUUUCAUGCCUCAAUGUACGCACAUUGCUAUAGCUCAGUCAACAAGCAGCACUUGCCCGAACGUUAGAGACAUUCGAUCGAUAUUUGCUGCUUAUCGGGAGCCUGUCUACAAGACUGGAGAUCUGUGCUCACUUUGCGAUCCCCUUCAGGUGACAUCAGCAGCACUUUCUCGUUGCGCUUAUCCGGUGACGAUGCAGCUUCGAGCACUGGCCAAAGCGGUGUUGGUAUUGCCUUGAUUCUCCGGGCGGAGCCUGCUCUGGUUGAUUAGAUCCCAAUCAGUAUCCGGAUGUGUGCGGUCCGAUUGGCUGGCUCGUUCAAAGCUUCGAAGUCGCGCGAGACUAAUAGGUGUCUAUUCAUCAUCGCUGCCUACGCGCCCACAAACUGUAGCGAUGGUUCGGUAAAAGACGACUUCUAUCGCCAACUGAACGAGCUCCUUCGCCCCGGAAGAGACACGGACACUGUAUUGCUGGUUGGGAUCUGAACGCUCAAGUUGGUAAAAAAUCCACUGAUGUACUGCAUUUGGGCGGCCAACACGGUGUAGGCUCCGGUAAUGAUAGCGGUGUGCGGUUACUUCAUUUGUGUGAAGAUGCUUGCUUAUUUCUUGCGAGCACUUAUUUUCCGACACAGCACCCGUCGGAGGGUGAUUUGGCGCCCACCAGCUAUGGACGCCAAUUGAUCACAUUGCGAUCAGUUGCCGAUGGAGAGGCUGCGUCCAAAACUGUCGCUCGAUUUGGAGCACAUGUGUAAGCACUGACCAUUGGACAUUGUAUUUAAUGGGAAUAAAAGCUCGAGCUUUACAUGAUCCAUAGGGUAAAAAGAGUUCGGGUCGGGUCUGAUGAAAGGUAAGCAACCUUACAGCGGGUUGGAAUCCCGCGUUAGCCGUAUCUUCAUCGGGCUUAUGCGGCAUUUAAACAGAAUGCACGCCGGCUCAAAGCGUGACAUCCCACCACGCCCUCCGAAACGGCUUUGGAAAGGAAGUAGGUAGAAGAAAAAAGAAAGAAAUUCCAUCCAGUAGAAGGUAGUUAUAUUAGGGAAUAUCGCGGUGUAACUCUGCCAGAUGACAGUCCAAGCGGGUCUUAAAGUCCGCCGCAGUGGGUGCCAAGACUAAAUCGGCAGGCAGAGCAUUCCACGGUCGGCAGAUUCGCAAAGCGAAGUAGUGUCGUCUGCAGUUCAGCCGACUGUGCUGAUGUGUGAGCCUCACGUAGGUGGGAGCCCGAUUGGUGCAGUGUGAGUAGGUGGCGACAGGGAUGUCCAGGGUUGGAUAAGAUCAUGAAUACAAGGAUCAGGUCGCCCCGUAGACGUCGGUACUUAAGCGAGUAGAGGCCCAGGCACUGAAGUCGUUGUGGAUAAUCUAGGUGCUUGAGACCUCUGACCAGUUUGGUUGCUCGACGUUGUGGGGCUUCGAAUAUGCGUUGGUCCUUCAACAACCAAGGGCUCCAAGCCUGAAUAGCGAACUCCAAGUGGGGUCGAAGGAAAGCGUUGAGGAGGAGGCGGAA